AUGGAUCGGCAUUCCGAAGCGCCGUCACCGCCGCCGGCGCUGGUACCGAAAACCAGGUUGGAGGCGCGGGUUGUCGGGAUGCAUUGCGCCGGUUGCGUGGCCAGCAUCGAAAAGGCGGUGGUCAGCCUCCCCGGGGUCGAAAGCGCGGAGGUGAGCCUGCUCACGGGGGAUAUCGCCGUCCGGCUGUUGGGAGCCGAUGCACAGGGCGCCGCGUUCGCCGCUGAUGUCGCCGGGGCCGUGGAAUCGGCCGGUCCCUACCGGCUGGAACCGGCCGAAGAAGCCGGCCCCGAGCAACCGGAGCGGGCAGGGAACACCGGUGGACGCUUGGGCUGGCGCGACGGACUUUUCCCCGUCGCUCUGGCCCUCGCGCUCUCCGCGGCCGCCAUGGGGGUCGCGAUGAGCGGCUUCGGCGGGACCACUCCGGGCCGGUGGUCGCAGUUUCUGCUCGCGACUCCGGUGUGUGUGUUGCUCGGUCGCGAUUUCCUGAUGGCGUUCGGGAAGGCUCUGCGACACCGGGCGUUCGGGAUGGAUAGCCUGAUCGGGCUCGGUGCCGGAACUGCUUACGUGUCCUCCGUGGUGGCCCUGGUGGGAGCCUCGGGGAGCCCCCUGUUCUUCGAUACCGCUGCGAUCAUCGUCGCGAUCGUCCGCCUCGGACGCUGGCUCGAGGCCCGGGCCCGGGGCCGAGCCGCCGAUGCGUUGGGCGAGUUGCUCGCCUUCGCCCCGGACCAGGCUCGAGUGGUGCGCCGGGGUGUCGAGCGGAUGGUGCCGGUAGCCCGAAUCCAACUUGGCGAACUUGUUCGGGUGCGACCCGGAGAAAGGGUGCCGCUCGAUGGUCGCAUCGUUCAGGGCGGGGCCGCGAUGGAUGAGUCGCUCGUAAGCGGCGAGAGCGUUCCCGUCGAACGGACGGCGCCCGAUCCGGUGAUCGCGGGAGCGAUGAAUCUCACGGGCGCCGUCGAGGUUGAGGUCACCCGGGUGGCUUCCGAAAGCACCAUCUCGAGGAUCGCCGCGUCGGUCCGGAAGGCGCAGACGGAAAAGAUUCCGAUGCAGCGGAUCGCCGACCGGGUGGCGGGCGUGUUCGUCCCGAUCGUGAUGGUGGCGGCGGCCAUCACGGUGGGCGGCUGGCUCUUUGCCGGGGGCGCCAUGGAUUUCGCCCUGGCUCGAGGCGUGGCGGUGCUGGUGGUGGCCUGUCCCUGCGCGGUAGGCCUCGCGGCGCCCAUCGCGGUACUGGUGGCGACUGGCCGCAGCGCGCGGCGGGGCAUUCUGUUUCGCUCCGGGGGAGCGCUCGAGGCGCUGGCUUCCGUACGGGUGGUGGGGCUCGACAAAACGGGGACGGUCACUACCGGUGCACCGGUGGUUGUCGCGGUGGAGCCGGCGCCCGGCGGAAGCGCCGAGAACCUCCUUCGACUCGCGGCCUCCGCCGAACAGGGAUCCGAGCAUCCCCUCGGGGUCGCGCUGGUCACCCAUGCGCGCCAGGCAGGAUUGGCGCUCGAGACCCCCGAGCGUUUCGAGGCUCUCCCGGGCCGCGGAGUCAGCGCGAGCUUUGGCGGCGGAACCACGGUGUGGGUCGGCAGCGAUCGUUUGGUCCGGGAGCGUGGACUGCCCCUUCCGCCUGCCCCGAACGAUGCGGGCGCGUCGGGCCGGCUUCGGGUGCUUCGUGAAUCGGCGGGGCGCCUCGAAUUCGUCGGGAGCAUCGGUUUUCGGGACCGGCCGCGCUCCGAGGCGGCGGAACUUGUCCGGAGACUUGAGGCUGACGGACUGGCCGUUUCGCUGGUUUCGGGCGACGAGCCGGCCGCGGUGGCGGCGACCGGCGCCGAGAUCGGCGUCCGGGAUAUCGAGGGGGGGCUCCUACCGGAUCAGAAGCUCUUCGCCCUGGAUCGCCUGAGAGAUCGCUACGGCCCGGUCGCGAUGGUCGGAGACGGGAUCAAUGACGCUCCCGCGCUUGCUCGCGCCGAUGUGGGGAUCGCCUUUGCCGAGGGGACCGAGAUCGCCCGGGAGGCGGCGGGAGUGACUCUGAUGCGCCCGGAUUUGCGUCUCGUGAGUGUCGCGCUCCGGAUUGCGCGCCGCGCGCUCAGAACCAUCCGGCAGAACCUUUUCUGGGCCUUCUUCUACAACGUGGCCGCCGUUCCCCUCGCCGCCGGAGUUCUGUAUCCGGCGACGGGACUGCUCUUGCCCCCGGAAGCGGCUGCUGCCGCAAUGGCGCUCUCCUCGCUAACGGUGGUGGGAAACGCGCUGCGCCUCAAAACGGGAAACUGA